AGAAUUAAAGCCUUUUGUGUUCUUAAAAGAUCGUAAGCAUGAAUUUCCGUCUGAUUGGUCUCGUAGCCGUUUCUGUGGGAAUCUACGUUGUGGCUUCCGUCUGCGCAGUUCAAAUUUCCAUUCACAGGAAGAGCAAAUGGGAUCGCAUUAGGAAAAAAUUCUCUUACUCCGUGACCAACAUCGCUCACCGAGGUGGCGCGCUGCUCGGUCCGGAGAACACAAUGUACACCUUCAAGCAAGGCGUUGUGGAAGGCUGUUGUGACAUGAUUGAGCUUGACGUGUGGGAAUCUAAGGACGGACGUAUUGUCGUCUCGCACGACAAGGCACUUGGGCGAGCCUGCGGCGACAAUUUCAAUGACAUUCUCAUCUCCGAUAUCGUUGUCGGUUCUAACCCGACAGCUACGCUUCCGCAAAGCCGAAGAAGGAUUCCGCUUGAGUUCCGAACGCACGACAUCAAGAAUUACGAGGCUACAAGCGAUGUACCCGUCGAUGAUACGACGAGAGUCUGCCUUCUUCAAGAAGUUCUCGAGGGUCUCCCUGAUGUCCCACUCCAUAUAGACAUUAAGGAUACAAAGAAGGAAGUUGUAACAAAAGUUUUCGACAUGAUCGCACACUACAAAAGGGAGAACAAUAUUUUUGUUGGAAGCAGCCAGUCCGAGAAUGAAGGCUACAUACGCGAGUACUUCAAGCAGAGAAAAGCCUCCGUUCGCAAGCGCUAUCGUGUAUUUCCAAGCCUCAGCGGUGUUUUGUGGAUACACUUCCUCUUCUUUACAGGCCUUCUUCCGUUUGUGCCACUUGAAUUUGACGUAGUUUCUAUUCCGGUCUUUACCAGUACGAUGCGGUCUCAAAUGUACGAAGAAUACGGUCCGAUGACUGCACGAAUUACCGUGUUUCUACUUUCAGCUCCAACGCUGUGGAAGUACCUCCAAACCCGUGGCGUCGCGGUCGUUGGGUGGGUGGUGAACGACGACGUUGACUUCGAAGAAGCAAUUCAACUUCCUUUGAACGGACUAAUGUCGGACAACCCGUUAAAGUUUCAUAAAUUUCUUAACUCUCAUAAAGAGAUAUCAAAACUUGUUGCUCUCGGAGUGUAG